CAAAGCGCGCGUCCUGUAUUCAGUCAGUCGAUAACAAAGUGGUCCCGCCGCUUCCUGUCAAAUAGAGUUCGAUUAUUGGGUUAAAUGACAAAGUGUCUUGCAAAGUUGCCCACUCCUCUUACCAAUAGGGUAGUGCUCAUGUCAAUCACAAUUUUAUGACCACGCCCACCGGAUCGUGUUGGAACUGUGGACGUUUAUUGCAUUAUGCGGCUUGCUCUCCAGCGCCGCUAUGUGCAAGGAAUAAUGUUAUUGCCGAGCAACCGAUAUCGAUAGCAGACCAACGAACACAAGGAUUGGGCUGGGCUCUGGACAGCAUUGUAUAGCUACAGAGCUACGUUGGAUACAAAUAACAGAAUUUCUGGCUUGCUGCACAAUCAGCAUAAUAAUUAGGAAAAAGGGGAUGACGUAGAGGCCCCCCCAGGGACCCGGCCCAGCAGCACCCACAAUGAGCCUGACGUCGUGGUUCUUGGUGAGCAGCGGGGGCACGCGGCAUCGCCUGCCCCGCGAGAUGAUCUUCGUGGGCCGGGACGACUGCGAGCUCAUGUUGCAGUCGCGGAGCGUCGACAAGCAGCACGCUGUCAUCAACUACGAGGCGGCCAGCGACGAGCACAAGGUUAAGGAUCUGGGCAGCCUGAACGGGACGUUCGUGAACGAUGUCAGGAUCCAGGAGCAGAUGUACAUCACUCUGAAGAUUGAUGACAAGUUGAGGUUUGGAUAUGAUACCAACCUGUUUACCGUCGUCCGUGGGGAGCUGCACGUCCCGGAGGAGGCGCUGAAGCAUGAGAAAUUCACCAGCCAGCUCCAGCUGACCAAGAAGCCGUCCACGACGGAGCAGCCCACCAAAGCCUUGAAGUCUCCGGACACCAAGCCUUCGGGGAGCAAAGUCACAGUGGGGGGCGGCGAUGGAGGCGCUAGGCCACCUGACGCACCCAAGGCGGAGGACAAGUUAGCAGGAGACAUAGCGGCUUUGCACAGGGGGACCCCCCUGUACGGACAGCCGUCUUGGUGGGGCGACGGGGAUGCAGACGAUGAGAACUCCUUCAAACAGGAGUCCAAGAAGCAGGAGAGCUGUGUGCCAGACGGCAAGGAAGCCAGGAAGAGCGAGAAGGUUAAGGAGGAGGGUGUCAGCCUGCUGGGCCCGGAGCCCAGCUAUUUCGAGAUUCCCACCAAAGAGCUCCGGGCGGCGGCGGAGAGCUCCGUCCAAGAGGUGCCCACGAAGGACACACAGGAAGCGGGCAGCGCCCCCACUGCAGGGGCGUCGGCCGCCGCUCAGGGCCACGCCUCCUUCACCAUCGAGUUCGACGACACCUCUCCUGGCAAGGUCACCAUCCGCGAUCACGUGUCCAAGUGUGCUCCGGACCAGCGGGUGCGGACCAGGCGCUCCCCUCAGCAGGGCAGCCGGGAGCUGAGCACCCUGCAGGCUGCCAUGAUGGCCUCGGAGACCAAGGUGGCUGACUGGCUGGCCCAGAAUGACCCCCCACUGGCCCGCAGGGAGUCCACUGAAGAGGACAGCAAGAGCAUCAAGAGCGACGUGCCCAUGCACCUGAAGCGACUGAAAGGCGCCGUGCCGAUGUGCAGUGACCCCCCCGGACUGAUCGCCCCCCUCCCCGUCUGCACAGGCAGCAAGCACGAGGACGGCACACAGAGCGACUCGGAGAAUGGUGCGGGGCUCCGAUUCGGCAGCCGGAGGCUGGCACUGGAGGAGCGGUUGCGGGGUGUCCAGGCGGCGCGGGCCCAGGCGGCGCGGGCCCAGGCGGGUUCGGAGGGCAAGAGUACCGAGGGCCCCGCUGCCACCAGCCGCGCCACCUUCAUGAUCGAGUUCUUCGACGAGGAGAACCCGCGCAAGCGUCGCUCGUACUCGUUCUCACAAACGGCACCUCUCAUUGGGGGCGUAGCGGGGGGCCUGCCAUGCCCCACUCCUCCCUCCCGCCCCAAGGCCACUAUAUCCGCCUCCUCGUCAUCGGCAGACGGCAGCAAGGGCCCGCCCUCCUCGUUACCAGUGACCGGCCCCUUGGCCACCCGUGUGCUCCUCAAGCAGAGGUCAGAGGACCCCGGCGUGACCAGGGGCUCAGCCAGCGUGAGCCAGCAGACCAGCCCCGCCGACGACUCCCACAGGACCCCCCGCUCUGGGGAGAAGGACCAUGACGACGACCAGAGCGACAAGGGCACGUAUACCAUCGAGCUGGACAACCAAAACCCGGAGGAAGAGGAGGCGAGGCGCAUGAUCGACAAGGUCUUUGGGGUGGAGCAGAGCACUGACCCAGCCAGAGUCCGACCUGAGCACCAUGACACGCUGAAAGACUGGAAGACCUCGGUCCAGGGGGAGAUGAAGAAGUCUGACUGUUUGCCGUCAGAGAUCUUUCCAGAAGGCCCGGUUGCCGUGGGCAGCCCACGCUGGGUGUCUCAGUGGGCCACGCUCGCCGCCAAUCACACGCGGACGGACCCAGAGGGCUCCGGAGCUGAUUCGCCAGCCUUUGUCCACCAGGAGAAAGUUUCGUCAACAUGUCUUCCAGAAGCUGAUGCCAGCGAGUCCGGCGUCUCCAUCAAGAGCGCUACGUCUACCUCCAGCCACGGAGAGCGCAAGCGGAGGACCCUCCCCCAGCUCCCCACCGAGGACAAGGCCUUGGAUAGCUCGCGGGGCAAGCCGGGGAAGGUGGGCCUGCGCUCCGAGAUCGGGGAGAAGCAGGACACGGAGCCCCAGGAGAAGGAGAGCCAGUCGGAUCACAAGGGCCGGGCGACCGCAGCCAGCCGCCGGGUUACCAUGGAGACGGAGGCGAUGAACACCACCAAGCCAGGCCAGACCCAGCCGCAGGAGACCAGGGCGGGGUUCUCCAAGCCCCCAGCUCGGGCCUCGGGGAACGGAGAAAAGAGAUCAGAUGAGGGACGCAGGAAGAGGACUGAGGACCGGGCUGUGCAGGGCAAGGCCGCAGACGGGGCGGAGAAGUCGGGCAAGCCGCUGGUGAGACAGGGAAGCUUCACCAUCGAGAAGCCCAGUGCCAACGUGCCCAUCGAGCUCAUCCCACGCAUCAACAAGCAGCCGGGCACCCUGCCGCUGGUGCGGGACCGCAGCGACUCGGUGGGCAGCAUGGACACAGCCACGCUGCUGAAAGACACGGAGGCCGUCAUGGCCUUCCUGGAGGCCAAGCUGCGCAACGAGAACAAGCUGGAGGCCGGCGAGCAGCCAAGCUACCCGCGGGCCGGCUCCAUCUCGCCCGAAUCCGACGUGGACACGGCGAGCACCGUGAGCCAGGCGGCGGGUGACGGCGACCGCAAGGCCGCGCAGAAGCGGCGGACGCUCAGCAGCCUGCACAAGGAGAAGACGGCCAGCGGGGGCAGCUCCACCACCAAGAGUGUGACCGGAGCCCGCGAGCGCCUGGACAGGAAGGGGAAGAGCCGCCCAUCCGAAAGCCGGCCCGAGGCCCACCGCUCUCUCCAGGCCGGCUCCAGACCCCGGCAGCCGUCCGUCGACCUGACUGACGACGACCAGACCUCCUCCCUGCCCCAUUCCACCAUCUCGGACGUCCUCUCCUCCGACCAGGAGACGUACUCGGGCCGCUCUCACGGCCGGGGCCAGUUCACCUCCACUGACGAGCUGCUACAUUCCAAGAUGGAGGCCAGUAAGGGCAGCAAGACAGCGGCGGCCCCACCUACCGGCGCGGCCAGCGCGGGGAAACCGGCCACACUGCCCCGGCCACGGCCUACCCGCGCCUCCCUGCUGAGACGGGCCCGCCUGGGGGACGCCUCCGACACAGACCUGGCCGACGCGGACCGGGUGUCGGUGGCCUCUGAGGUUUCCACCACCAGCUCCACGUCCCGGCCGCCGUCGGGAAAGAAGGCUCCCUCGCGCAUCGACAUGCUGGCACAGCCCCGGCGCAACCGGUUGGGCUCCAUGUCGGCCCGCAGCGACUCAGAAGCCACCGUGGGCCGGUCCGGGGCCUCAUCGCGAGGCGCCAUCUCCGCGGAAACGGUCCUGCGGCUGGGGCUCCGCGUCGGCUCCGGCGCCGACGGCAAAGUGGUGCCACGCGUGAGGGCCAACAGCGUCUCCAAGCUGCCAGACGCCAAGGCCAAGGUUGCCUACUCUAUCCACAGCUCCCCCUCUGGCUGCUUGUCCCACACAGAGAGCGUCGUGCCCGGGCCCGAAAACGUCCCAUCUCUGGAGGAGCUCCUGGCCAGCAGCCGGUGGCGACGCCUGCCCCCAGAAUACGCUUCCACGUCCGAAGACGAGUUCAGCUCCAGUAGGAACUCCCCCAAGCACGCUCGCCUGCGGCCUGGCACCGCCCUGCGCGCCGCCCGUCUGGGGGGGUCUGUCCCCACCACGCCUAGUCCCAUGGCUGGUGCCAUGAAGCACCGAAUGAGGGAGCAGGAGGACUACAUCCGGGACUGGACGGCUCACAGCGAGGAGAUCGCUAGGUUAUUUCCCUGUGUGCGCAGGAUCAGCCAGGACCUGGCCAAGGACUUGGCCAUCCUGGCGCGCGAGAUCCACGACGUGGCGGGCGAGAUCGACUCCGUCAGCUCCUCAGGCACCGCGCCCAGCACCACAGUAAGCACUGCGGCCACCACCCCAGGCUCCGCCAUUGACACCAGGGAAGAGGUAGGGCCAUCUCAGGAAGGCGUGUGCAAGCUCGUGGAUCGCGUCUUCGAUGAAAGCCUCAAUUUUAGGAAGAUUCCACCCGUAGUGCAGACCAAGGCCCCUGAGAUCAACGGACGUCCGGUGGAGCUCCGCCCUCGAGCCCCCGACAGCCAGGACCCCCAGACCGCCCUUCGGCGCCGCACGUGGAACCGUGAUGAGGCUGUGUUGGACAGUCUGCUCCUCACCUCAGUUUCCCAGCUGUCUGCAAAAAUUCGCCAAUCCGUGGACAAGACGGCUGGAAAAAUCAGAAUACUAUUUAAGGACAAAGACAGGAAUUGGGAGGAGAUUGAGAGCAAACUCCGGGCGGAGAGCGACAUCCCGCUUCUCAAGACAUCCAACAAGGAGAUCUCAUCGAUUCUGCUGGAGCUGAAGAGGGUGGAGAAGCAGCUCCAAGUCAUCAAUGUCAUGGUGGAUCCGGAUGGCACACUGGAUGCUCUGACCAGCCUGGGACUGACCAGCCCCACUCUGCCCAAACCCAAGACGAGUCCGCUGUGCCCACAGGGGCCAGGCAAUGGGGCGUCCCGAGCCCCAGUGGUGCCGGUCCAGCCCCAGGAGACUGAGCGAGACGUGGCUCUUCGCUUCAGCCGCCAGCAUCCCAGUGGCGAGGAGAGCCCCCUUAGCCACAAGUGAAUGCAUGGGAAACCCCCCCCACCCGCCUCGCUGUAGCACUCUCCGGGCUACAAGGGUCCUGUCCUGUGAGAUGGAUCCAAUUUUACAGAUGCAUAAGUACUGAAUAUGUAUAUAUUUCAGCCCCCCCCCCUCCCCCUCCCCCAACAAUGACUAAGCUCUCUGACUACAGACCACCUCAGCCUGCAAACCUUAACCGUAACACUCUUUGUCUGUGAGUAUCAAGUCUCAUAAAGGGGCCCCAUCUGUACUGCGGAAGGGCUUCACACACAGGUCAUGUGACUGGAGGAGGCUGGGCUUGGGCCACCUGUGCACCAAUCCUCCGCCCCCUCAGCACAGGGGUGCCCUGUGAGGAACAUGGCAAGGACCAGGAGGAAUCAAGAGCGUCUCCCUUCCCAAGAUUCUUCUAUCUGUCUUGUUCUGUGGUUUUUUUUUUCCUUCCGUGAGUAGCAUAAUAGAAAUUCUCUUGUGGCCAUAUCAUCUCAUUCGCCAUGACUACCCUAUUUUUUGUCACAUGACCGUAACUCACACACUGAAACUAUGGCAGUACUGCACAGUCAUUAAAAGGUAACAGUGUGUGGUUGUUUAAAAAGAAAAGUGAUUAAAUGUCUUUAAUUGCAAGGAAAGGAUGUAAGAAUAACCCCCUUGUGUAAAACUGAAACCUAAUUAAACAUUAGAUGUGUUACACAAGUUGUUCAAAUGCAACCCAAGUUACAGCAGAUUACUGUAUUGUGGAAUGAGCCCAGCGAUUGUACUCGGACUGUGUGUAUCUGAUACAAAUUCUACACCUUUUAUUAUUCCUGUUAUAAGACAGAUACACCUUCUCUGGUUCAUAACAAGUGCAUUAUGGUGUCAUAAGACUGACUUCUUGUUCAGUUUUCCAAGACUGACAUUCUACGGGAUGCAUUGGGGGGUAAAAACAGACAAUGCAGGACAAACCAAGGAAACCUGACCCCUUAAAAUCGUUUUUCUAAACAGUUUCUAACCACUUUGUGGAACACACUACCUAAUUUUGCUACACACCAGUACGUACUACCUGUUUCAUAAGUUUUCUGAAAAGUAACCAAACAGCCGUUGGCUUCAUACCCGUGUUUAAUUUCCGUUUGCUCCUCCUGUCAUUGUAACUCUUUCUAUUUGUUAACUGGAAGUAUUAGAAUGGGAUGCUGUGUAUAUAGUUUUUUUUUCCUCUUUAGAGACGUAAACUCUUAGAAAUUAAGUAAUAAAGACUGGUCACCCAUGUAAUUUUUGCACUGGAAACAGCUUGGUGUGCUGGUGUAAGCAAAGUGCAAAGUCCACAUUGUUUUUUAUUUUUUUAUGUUUUAUUUUAAAAGUCACAUUUUUAGUUUACAGGGACCUCUGGAUCCCCAGUAGGCUUCUACCUGCUGUUAGUGAAAAAGCAAGCGAAAAUUUCAGUUAGACUUGAAGGACUUAGUCAAUGUGAACGUAGGCAUAUCUUGGCCAGAAGGAUGGAAUUAAGCCAAGUUCCGCCAUUAAUGAAGUCAGCCAGACGUAAUGUUCUGUCAGCAUUUUCCCAUAUUUGUAACAAAGUCGCAGUGGAGGUUUAUUAGCCUUCAGAAACAGGUCUGAUCUGCCAUUUUCUCCGUACUCUAAUUGUCCAGUUGGGAGGGAAAUUUUCCCCAGUUCUGUAGAUAUAUGUACCAGGAACUCCUUGUUAACACUGCUGCUUCUCUGUACUUACCGUGAGGUUCUUGCAGAAAGAAAAGUUUGUUUUCCGGUCUUUUCCAUGUAAAAUUCAGCGCAGUAGGAAUAAACGCCUUGGCGAUAUGGUAUGUAUAGGUUUAAGCAAUAGUGAAAUUAGGUACCUGGAAAAAUGAAUGCAGUUUUUCUUUUCUUUUUUCAGUAUUUUAGUGUAUGAUGCCACUAAGUGCCCGAUACUACAAUGGAAAUGCAAAUGAAACAAAAACGAAACACCGACUAGGGAAAAAAACAACAAAUAUAAAAGAUGGGGAAACGAAUGGAUAUCGGGGAUGAAUAUCUUUAAUUUGCACAUCCUGGGUGGUUUAUGUCUUUCUGUUCGCUUGGGAAGCAUGAUAUCGCAUACAAGGCCGUUUUGACGUUAGGAGAUAAACAAAACUUAUAAAGGCAAAGACGGAAUCAAAUUCUGUCUUUCUGUAUUCAGAAGCAGAUGCAGGGACCGCCUGUGGUCUAUGGUCAUUAUCAUGGGAAUGAAAACUAGAUUGGGAAGUCGGUCUAUCAGCGAACCACAUAAGGAGAUAUUAAAAAAGAAAACGGAAAGUGCUCGGUACACUAUUUUUUAAGUUGUUUAUACGUUAUCAGUGUUUUGACUUUUUUUAUGGACACCUAAAAUAACAUAUUUAUUUUGUUUUUUUUCAUGUACUGAAAUUUUGUUAUACAUUGUGUAUUUGCAUUAUUUUGUUAAUCACAUCCUCCAAUUAUUUUCAAUAAAAUAAAAAAAUCAA